CAUCGGCGUCAUCUUGUUGACGCUCUCCCUUUUCGUAUUCCUUUUCGCAUUCAAAUUCAUUCUUUCUGAUCGCCUGCAUUUCGCACUUCUCUUUCGAUCGCUUGCAGAUGUCAUUGACGAAAAAGGAUCCGUCGUUGCGUGUUGCUGCCUCUGAUCCACAUUUGGUUAGCUUGGGUGGCGGACGCCUCAGCACCGCUGUCACCAUACACUACAUACAUAUUGGCGACACAACAAUCGGAUCAGCUCCGAACUGCAGCAUCUCACUUAACGGUAGCGGAGUACGGCCGCUGCACUGCACCAUUUAUAGAAGCGAGGAGAACGAGGUGACGCUGGUGCCGGAGCAGGAGGCGCGUGUGCUGAUCGACGGCGCUCCUUUGGAUGACGUGGAGGAGGCGAAACUGAGUCAGGGUGCUAUGAUAACCAUUGGCAACUCGAACUAUCUGCGUUUCAACAAUCCGGACGAGGCGCAAAUGAUGCGCUCAGCGAUGGGCUCCAACGAGCGCAUCUCCAUGCCGCAUAUUGACUUUACGCAAUCGUCGCGAUCCAACGACAGCCAAACACUGGAGAUGGAGAGCUUCUACGAGAGCAUAAUCAAUCCCAUCAAGCAUAGCGGGAAUACUAACAGCAACAACAGUGGCAACAGCAACAAUAGCAACAGCAUGGAUCUGCAUGGCGUGCAGUGCCCCAAGGUGUUUAGCUCCGAUCUGGUGACUGUGAAUAUGGCCGCACGCGAUGUGCUUGGCCAGAAAUACGCGAGCUUUGCCCGCAAUCUGGCCGAGAAUCAUCGCGGCGAGAAGCAGCUGAACAAUCAAUAUGCCAAAACCUUAAACAGCAGCGGCGCCAAUGGGAUUGGCCAUAAUGCCGGCUACUGCAAUGUACCCAGCAAUGCGGCGGUCUUCAAGCAGCAGCAACAGCAACAACAACAGCAACAACAACAACCGGGACAGCAACAACAACAGCUGGGACAGUCUGAGCUGCUGGGCAAGGUGAACAACGAUCGAUAUGAUCGAUAUCCCAAGCCGGGCACCUACACCGCCGGCGGCCUGCAAAUAUUCGCCAUGAACGGCAUCAAUACGGAGCUGAACAGCGGCGCCGAGCUGGAGGAUAUGCUGAAGAUCUGCACCGAGUACGCGGAUCGGCAGCAGCAACAGCUGCAGCACAGCGCCAACAACAGCGGCAGCAGCCAUGCGCUGCACAAUGCCAGCGCUGGCAGCAUCACCUCCUCGCCCAUUGUCCAGAACAGGAUCAAGACGAACGGAUCGCUGCCGCGGGACAAGAAGCCAACGUUUCAGCAUGCGGGCAGCAGCUCCAAUUUGGCGUUGAUUAGCAGCACGUCUGGCUAUGAGAAUGUCCGUAUGCUGGGUCCCAAUCGUGUCGAGAUCAAUGGACAGCUGCAUGUGCCAGCAGGCGGAGGAGGAGGAGGAGGAGCAGGAGGAGCAGCAGCUGGCGGCGGAGCCGGAGCAGCUGGAACGGGCGGCGCUGCCUCAGCGUCGGAGAAUCAAUUGCCUGGCGGCACAACCAAAUACGUGCCACAGAGUCCGCGCACCAAAAUACGCACCAAUUGCAUGUCGCCCAAGAAGGAUGCAUCCUUUAGCAGCGCCUUUGCGCUGGCCAGCUCCACGCCGACGCCGGCGCCGGCGUUGGUGAAGCCGCCGUUGGCGCCCAAGCCGCCGGCGCCCAAUCAGCAACGGGACUAUGAGCAGCUCUUCAAGUCGUUCGAACGCAAGCAGCAGAUCGAGCAGCAGCAGCAGCAGCAGAUGCAACAGCAGCAGAUGCAACAACAACAGCAGCAGCAACAACAACAACAACAUCCUGCCAAGCGCUCCAACAAGAAUAUCAACAAUCUAACGCUCAAUCUGAACGAAUCCGCCAGCCAAUCGCCUAAGCCCAAUCGCAAGCCAGCGCCAGCGCCGCGCAGCAUCAACGUGGAGCAGCGAAAGCGGCGCGACUUGGAUCAGCGGCAGAUGCCAGAUGCCAGCAGCAUUCACGAGGUAUCUACAUCGGCGUCAGGUGAACAACAGCAGCAGCCUCAGCCGCAGCAACCUCAGCCGCAGUCAACGUCCGCAGCGCAGCCGGCGUCGACGCCUCGCCAGCAGCUUUUGGCCCUGCAGAAUCGAAUUCAUCGCCUGGAGGCGCAGCGCAAUGCGACGCGCGUGAUGGAGGAGAAUCAGCAGGCAAAGCUGAAGCAGUCCAUUGAAAUGAAGCAGGAUCAGUUGAAUAAACUGCGCGCCAUGCUGAAACAGAAGCCGAACAAUGCCUGCCUGAAGGAGGAGCUGGAGCAUGUGUGCGAGUCGCUGGAGAGCGAUCGCAAGGCAUUCGAGGAUCUAGAGUUUCAGUAUUUCGAGGAGGAGUCGGAGCAUCAUGCCUGCCACGAGGAGCUGAAGCGGCAGGAGCAGCGUCUGGUCCUGGAAACGGAGCUGGCAUCGUUGCGCAUACAGCUGGGACGCGAACAGCCCGACGAGCAGGAGGAGGAGUCAGCACAGGCGCUGGUCACAUCGUCCACAAGCGGACGCAGCACACCAGCUGCCACAAAUGGCGGCAGCAAUCUGGCCAACGGCGUCAUGUCCCAGUCACUGUUCGGCUCCGCUGAGCUGUUGUGCCCCAAGCGGCACAAUCAGGAGGAUCUAAUGUCGAAGAGCGUCAACGAGAACAUGUUCCACAGCAACAACAAGAUCGAACUGCCGCACGGUGGCCAGGUGACCAGCACACCGAAGCGAGCACCGUUACAGAUCUACGAUGCCGGCAGCUGUGAACAGAUCAGCUUCAAUUUAUCGCUGCGCAGCGAUCGAUUCGAAGUGAAUCCGCUGGAGCGUCGUGUGCCCUCGCAGGAUGACAUCGAUCGCAGCUGCAAGGUGGCCAACGAUGCGCCCAUUUCGACCAGCCAAGGCGCCAGCACCAAGAUCUUCGACAGCAUCAAGGAAAUCGAACGCAAUCGCAAGCUGCUGCUGGCCCAGCAAGGUCACCAGGUCAUUGAGCAUGAGCGCCAGAAGAUGUACGAUCUGAAGAAGAAGAGCCACGACGAGGCACGCACACAAUAUCUGCUCUCCAUGCAGCAGACGACAGAGCCAACGAUUGAACCACCGCGACCGCCAGCCAAGCACGCUCCACUGAACGCCAACGGCGGCAAAGAUGCCAAAUUGUUUGAUAAAGUCGAACUACAAAAGCUCAACGAUGAAACUGCUCAACAACAACAACAACAACAAAAGACACAACACGAUAAAGAGAAUAAUGCGUCAGGUGAUGGCAGCGCGGCUAGUACAAAAACAACAACAACAGCAGCAAUAACGGGGACAACAGCAACAACAACAACAGCAAAUCAACAGCAACGUCAUUCGCAGCCGGAACUGGAGCAUCAUGGAAUCGUGGCCGUUGGCUCGGCUCACGGCACAGUGGCGCGCAGUCCGCGUCCGCUGUCGGAGGCGAACAACUGUGAGGCGGCCAUUGAGACGCCCAAGUUUGGCGCCAACGGCGAUGUGGGCGUGUCGGAUAACAAUAAACGCGCCAGCAGCAACAGCAACUCACAGGACACCGCGUCGGCGGGCAGCGGCAGCGGCAGCGGCAGCAGCAGCGGCGCCGGCACCGGCACCGGCAGCAGCAGCGCCAGCGCCAAUGGCGGCGAACGUAAACGCAUGCUGCCCAAGCAUCAGCGUCCACUGACACGCUACCUGCCCAUCUUCUCGCCAGAUCUGAAUCUGCGGCAUCACAUCGAGACGGCCGGCCAUCAGAUCGAUCUCUGUCCGCAUGUGUUUGUCGAUGCGCACAGCUGUCGCGGUUACCUGCACAAAUUGGGCGCCACGUUCCAUGCCUGGUCCCGUCGCUGGUUUGUGCUGGAUAGACAGCGCAGCGCGCUCAUCUACUACUCGGACAAGUCCGAGCGUAAGCCACGAGGCGGUGCCUACUUUGCCACCAUUGACGAGGUCUAUUUGGAUCAUUUGAAUGCGUCGAAGAGCGGCCGACCCCAUUGUACAUUCAUUGUGAAGACGAAGAAGCGUAGCUAUAAUCUGCAGGCGGCUUCCGAUGCAGCGGCGCGCAUCUGGAUCGAUGCCAUCAUAACGGGCGCACAGGGAAAUCUGGACUAUUGAUAGAGAAACAACACAACACAAACCACACAC